UUGUCGCUUUUUCUUUUUUUUUGAAUUUUGAAUUUCAAGGCGGUGACCAUAGUUGGGUAACCGACGGUCGUUUUUACUUUUCCCGCCUGAUGUGAUGGCUGAUGGGUGUCAUCCAUCAUGACGUGUCGCCACCUGAUUGGUGGUUCGAAGUCGGUUUCUUUAUCCCUAUAUAAAGGGGGCAGAAUAAUCUGUUUUUUACCUUUUCACUUCUUUUUUCUUUUUACUCUUUAUCUUCCUCAUCUUCUUUACCUUUUCUUCUCCGAGAACGGGCGGUCUACAAAUACAGGUUAGCUUCUUUCUACUAUGGCGUCGAAAAACAACCUGUCCGGUUGUUUUAAUACUUUAACUAAAAAUGGUUUAGAUUGGUAUAUAGAAAGGUAUGCAAUCCCUGCAUCUCUGCACCCUGUCCUCCCUAAAAAGGAUAACCCUAUUUUUCCGUUUCCUCCGGGGAAGAUUGGGGUGUACACGCGCUUAUUUGAUUAUUGUAACUACCGCCUCCCUCUGACGAAGUUCUUGGUCGGGGUUCUCACGUUUCACGAGGUGCAUAUUACUCAGAUGAACCCUUUUGGCCUUGCCAAGGUGUGUCAUUUUGAGCUGUCUUGUCGUGGCUUAGGAUCCGAACCGGACUUGGAUGUGUUCCGGGCUUUUUACAAGUUGAAUCGGUCCGGUAACUGGUAUACCUUUGAGGUCAGAGAUAAGGACUCCUGCUGCUAUACAUGGAUUACUACUAGUAUAAAGGACUGGAAAGAACGAUUCUUCUACGUUGAUGACCGAUGCGUUCCGGAGUUCAUGGUUUGGAGGACUAAGAAGAUGAAACUCCCGUCUUCUCUCCCUAAGGACUUCGAUUUUAAUAGGACCUUAUAUGCAGCCUUGAUUAAGGAAGCAGGUCGCAUUCAAAGUUAUCCGGAACACAUUCUUGUUAUGGGACGGAUCAGCACGAUUUGGUCCGAGCUGGCGUGGUAUCCUACCCUUAGGUGGGACGGAGAGGUUAUGGGUUUGAGAGAGGCGUUAAGGUUGAAGUCCUUUGACUCCAAAGAGCUUGAGCUUCGCGCUACGAGGACACCGAAGAGCGAUCAUCCGUAUCUAACCGUGGUGAACGAUAAUCUUUAUCAGAUUCGGGAGCCGGAAGCUCUGGAUGAUCGAGGAGGUUUAAACGUCCAAGGGAGUGCGGGCCCGAACCCUUCGGCUCCAAUAGGGAAUGUUACUGCGGCUCAGAUUGUGACGGCAACUGGCAGCGGUGAGGGUAAAGGAAAAGGAGGUGCUUCGAUCGGGUCAAAAGGAUCGGGCUCUAAGUUUAUAAUUGAGGAUGAAGGAAUUCAUUUAUCGGUGGGAGACGAAGGAGAGCGUGCCGAGAACUUGGAGGGGGGCGACGAUGGUGAUGAGGAGGAUGAAAAUGAAGGUGGGGAGCCUCAUAUUACUUUAAAAAGGAAGAGGGCUUCGUCUAAAUCUGGUCCGAAGCUUAAACAGAAGAAAACGAAGUUAGAUCUUAAAACUAUUACUCUGGAUGAUGAUGAUGACCAAGUUACUGGGUUUUCUGCUGCUGGGGGUGUGUUAGAAAAUUUGGAUGCUCAUCUUCAUGAGGGUCGUACCCCCAGGGACCAUCCGCAAAACAUUCCGUCUAGUCCAUUGUCCUUUGGAGGAGGAGGCAUUAAAGUUGUUACUGAUGUUCGUACCUCCGAUCCUAAAAGAAUCGAACCGUCUCCUUCGGGUAAGUUUACCACGGGGGUUGCCUCUAACGUGUCAAGGCCGAGUCCCAAACCUGUUGAUGGUGGGGACAGUGCCUCUUCGUCCCCUUUAUGGUUUAACACUGAAGCUGUUUUCUUAUCACGGGAGUUAGGUUCGGGCGGCAUUGAGGAUAUGGAUUCGGCUAGGGCAUUGGAGAAGUAUAUCCCGGAGUGGUCGUUGGCGAACAAGGAUCGGAUAGUGGACGCUUUAUCGGCGAAGAUGGCACUGUUCCAUUUUGGGACUCCAGCAGAACACUCUCAUUAUCGAAAGAUGAGUGGCCCGGAACUUGGAAACGCCCUUAUGGUGAAUCAGGCACAGUCUAACUCAUUGGUGGUGGAAACGUAUAAACGUUGGAUUGAAUCGGAGUCAAAUUGCAACAAGCUUCGACGUGAGGUUGCUAACUUGGAAAAAGAAGAUAACAUCCGUUCGAAAACGAAACAGGAAUUGAAUUCUCUUCGAGCUCAGGUUGAUCGUUUGAAAGAACAAAAUUUAGAGGCCAAGGAGGUUAACAAGUCGUCCCAAGCGUCGGCUGCGGCCGCUUACGAGGCUCGAGAUAAAGCUCUUCAGGAUUUGGAGAUUUUUAAGUCGAAAGUUGAUGAUUUGGAGAAAAAGUUAACCGGUGUAGAGAUGAAGCAUGCAGCCGAGCUUAAAGAAAUGCAGGCGUCUCAUGACCAACUUCUGGCUGACUACCACCGUUUAUCUGAUGCUAAAGGCGAAAUUGAGAGAGCUCGCGACAGGGAGAUCGAAUCGCACAAGACAACAAUUGAUGAAGCUAGAGGAAUGUUGAUCCGGUGCGAGCGUGAUAUAAUUGAAGCAUACGCGGAACUGUCGGAGCUGAAACUUACCAAGCAAUGGUUUCUGACAGAUGGGGUCGCAUGGGUUGUUAAGCUGGUGCAUCAGAGCCCCGAAUUAGAGAAGGUGGUUUCUGAUCUUGUCAACAGUGUUAAUGCAGUUGGGGCGAAUGAGGGGAUAAAACAGGGUUUUAAGGCCGCGCAGAAUCUAGUUGGCUCUGCGGAAGAGGUUCCAGGUUAUGAUGCUGGAGCUCAGAGUGCCCUAGACGCUGCGGUGAAAGCUUUCGAUGAGCUUAAUAUCUCUGUUCUCGACAAGGUGGCUGACUUAUUAGAUGAGCCCCUAUCGGUUAUUCAACAAAGAAGUAAACUUCCCAUUGUUGGAGAUGAUGAUAAUAUAGCUCAUGUUUAAUGUUGUUUCUUUUUUUUUUGUAACCGUACAAUGUGUCUCAUCAGUUUGCUU